CUUGGUCUUGUCUCGACAUGAAUAACAAGCAUUACCCUGUGGAAAGGCAGUCUAGUUUUGCAACGUUACCCUGCUUACAUGAACAAGGUCAUGACUCCCUGGACAGUAGGAGGCCUUUCGGCUCCGGCCAAGCUGACCUCCAGACCGGGCCGUUCUCCUCUGAUCCUCCUCCUCCUCCUCACCGUACUCCUGCUGCCUCUGCCCAGCCUCUCUGUCGCCUCAGACCCUCCAAGAUUCAUCCAGAUUCCCAAAGACCAGAUAGUCGUGUCAGGGGGAACCGCCUCUCUUGUGUGUCAGGCCACAGGUGAACCCAGACCACAGGUUGAGUGGAGAAAAAAAGGAAAGACUAUCAAUUCAAGGCGUAUUGAUGUGCGUCAUGUCGUUCACAUUGUUAUUGGAUGA